AUGAAGUUCACUAGCAUUAUCCUGACUACACUCCUCACAUUCGCCUCCGUUGAAGGUGCUGCAGUCGCAAAUCCGGCGCCCGAAGCACAGAACUGGCACGGACACUGUUACCGGGACGACCAACCAUGCUCCAAGCUGAAGCGUGCUGCCGAGGCCGCCGCUGAAGCCAUAGCUGAUGCCGAGAGCUGUCACGGAUUCUGUUACCUCGCUGGUGAGCCGUGCUCGAAAGCCAAACGUGAUGCUCUCGCUCUCGCAGAAGCUACCGCCGAAGCCUUUGCAGCUGCCGAUCCAGAAGCUCAUCCAUGUCACGCCCCUGGAGCGCCCUGCUCGAAAGCCAAGCGUGAAGCUCUCGAUGCUUGCGGAAAAUCUCCACCCCCUCCUGCUACAACUCAAGUUUCCGGGAGCACGCACGGGUUCUGCUGGGAAGCAGGAGAACCCUGCUCCAAACUCAAGCGCGCAGCAGAAGCAGUCGCCGAAGCUAUCGCCCAGCCCAAACAAGGCCCUGAAACUGAGUCUGGGAGCUGGCAUGGAUCCUGCUGGCCUGCCGGAGAACCCUGUUCCAAGCAAAAGCGUGCACUUGACGACGUGAGCAGCCUCCUCGACAGAAUAUUGCUCAGAUAG